AUUCAUUUUGUCAUACUGCUUAGUCGACAAGGAAAGGUGAGGCUCACCAAAUGGUUUUCAACUUACUCACAAAAGGAACGAUCUAAGGUAAUGCGUGAACUGAACGGAAUAAUACUCAAUCGAGGACCCAAGCUAUGCAACUUUAUAGAGUGGAGAGGACUCAAAGUUGUCUAUAAAAGAUACGCCAGCUUGUAUUUCUGCAUGUGUAUUGACCAAGAUGACAAUGAACUGGAGAUACUUCAACUAAUUCACCACUAUGUUGAGAUACUCGAUCGUUACUUUGGCUGUGUUUGUGAGCUGGAUUUGAUAUUUCACUUCCAUAAGGCUUACUAUAUAUUGGAUGAACUUCUACUUGCUGGCGAGCUUCAAGAGUCAAGCAAAAGAGUAGUAGGACGAAUGGUAGCUAUCCACGAUCGAUUUGUGGAGGCUGCUAAAGAGGAAGCUAGUUCAAUUGGCAAUAUAAUCUCACAAGUCACCAAGUAG